GGCUCUUAUAACUCCAAUCCGAAGUUUUUUAGAAGUAAAACCAUCAGGCUUUGAGCAAUGGCACAAGUGAGUGUGUGAAAAUAGAAAAGAGAAAAAAAACAAUGAGCUUGUCCACUUCCUGUGAAAAGCCACUGUUUGCUGUUAGCUAUAUGACAGAAGUAGGAAGAGAAACCUGUUUGUGUCGUGUGGGGUCUGCUGAACUUCUGAUAGCGAGAAAGAGAUCCUGCUUACUUUUCGAGCUCUGAAACAGACUUAGAGUAAAGUAGUGCCUUGAGGAAAGUGGGGGUCAUGAAGCGAAGGUCAAAAGAAAAAAGUCAGGAGAGCAUGGGCAGUCGUUUGCUCUCACCUCAAGAGAAUGAAAAAGUGAUAGAUUUGCUGGGCAGGAGAUGUAUGUCUCUAUGCUCAACGGUGGUGCAGUUGUUUAUGGCUCUGCCACACAGCCCCGGCAAUUGGAGUCUGCAAAAUACAGGUGUGCUCUGCUUCAUAAAGGACAAUCCUCAGCGCUCCUACUUCAUCCGCCUCUACGACAUCACGGCAAGUAAACUUGUAUGGGAGCAGGAACUCUUUAACCAGUUCACUUACCACAGAGCUCAGCCCUUCUUCCACACUUUCCAUGCAGAUGACUGCCAGGUGGGCAUAAAUUUUGCAAGCGAGGAAGAAGCUGAGAACUUUUUCUACAUAGUGGACGAGAAGAUCAACCAGCGAAGUAAACACUUGGAGAAAAAGGGAAAAGGAGUUACUCAAAGUCAAGAUCAUGAUGCAUUGCCACCACUCCCUCCCAAUGGUUCUGGAACUCCAUUGGCAACUAUUAAUAUACAGAAUCAAGCAACCCCUAUCAAAUCAAAGAAAGACAAAAAGGAGAAAGAGAAAGACAAAAAGAACAAAAAGAAAGGCUCUAAAUUAUCGAAGGCAUUAAUUGGAGCACCGAGUGGUUUUACGCAUGUUGGCCACCUUGGUAUGGGAGGCAAUAGCAUGGAUCCAGAUUUGAUGAAGCUGCUGACUCGUGCUGGAAUCAGUGAAGCAGAUAUGAGAGACACUGAAACCUCACAACUUAUUUAUGAUGUCAUUGAGCGAUCGGGUGGAAUGGAAGCAGUCAAGAAGGAAUUAAACCAGGACGGACGUCCUCCUCCUCCACCUCCUGGUGCUCGUCGGACUUCUCUUCCCCCAGUACCCCCUGGAUCUUCUUCAGCUCCCCAAGCACGUUUAGGACCCUUACCACCUCCUCCUGGAGAAUCUCCUUCCACUGGCCCUAGGUCCACUUCAGUUCGCUCUUUACCACCCACACCUUCAGGAGGGCGCACAGGACCCCUCCCACCACCUCCAGGGGCACACGGAGGGCGCAGAGGGCCUUUACCCCAAGUCCCAGGUUCACAGUCAUUACCUUCAGCAAGAAGUGGACCCUUACCACCAGUACCAGGAGCACACAGUGGUCCCCCUCCCCCUCCAACAAGUGAUCGAGGUGGCCCACAAUCAUCUGCUACCUUUUCACGUAGUGGUCCCUUACCUCCUCUCCCCGGUAGGGGUAGUGCACUCUCAGCUCCAGCACACCGAAGUGCACCACAACGGCCAGCUUCAAGAGAUCAAACUGCCCCCAUGCCUUUUGCACAUUCUGCUGGAUCUGUCCCACCUUUACCAGGAAGACGGACUGAAUCCUUACCACAACCUACAAAUGAUGAAUGUUAUUUGCUGCCACCUCCAACAUUUGAUGAAGAUUUCCCUCCUCCCCCUUGUUCUGAUUUUCCACUUGACGAUAUGAAUUUACCACCUCCACCUCUUCCAUCUGAAUCCUUCCCACCUCCACCAAUACCGCAUCCCGCAUCUGCUCAUUCUAGUACAGGCGCUCCACCUCCUCCUCCUCCUCCUCCACCUCCUCCAGCAGCUCCUGCUGCUCCAGCACGUAAUUCUGACCAGAGCAAGCCAAAACCACCCAUAGCAAGCAGUGGGGGAGGAGGAAGAGGAGCAUUACUGGACCAGAUACGCAUAGGAACAAAACUCAAAACAGUAACUGGCCCUGAUCCAGCUCAAUCUGCUACACAAGAUACAGAAGAGGGGAUAGUGGGAGCCCUUAUGAUGGUCAUGCAGAAGAGAAGUAAAGUCAUUCACUCAUCAGAUGAAGGAGAUGAAUUUGAUGAUGAAGAAGAAGACGAUGAUGAAUGGGAUUAAUUUAAAAAUCAAGUGGAAGAGCAUAAUGAGCCCAAUGAGCAUAAGCACACCUAAACAGUAAAAACUGGUGAAUCAUCAAUCUCUAUAACAUUUCAAUUCGGGUCAAUUCAGGAAAAUGAUUUUACAUUAAACUAACUGCAAACAAAAGUUAAUGAAUUUGAUAGCUGAAACCCUUUUUCUUUCAAAGUUAAACCAAUUUAGCAUGGAGUUACCCAUUUACCCAGAAAACCACACUAAGCACACAAAAAUGCCUGUUCCACAAAACUUUGUAAGGUGCAAACAGUUUCAUGGUUUAGAAAACAGUGUUACUGAAGUUCAUUGUUUAUACGCUCAUUGUUUAUAUAGUCAUGCUUUUUUCUUUUUUUUUCGGGAAAAAAAUUAAAAGAGAAACUUCUGCUUUCA